AGAGGAUUUGCGGCGGAGUACGUAAAUAUGCCCGUCAGUUGUGACGCGGACGGAGGAUGGGUGGAUUAUGCGGGAGCUUGCUACCUCUUUCCGAGCGAGAUGACGUCGGCGUUCGAGGCCGAGAGUCGGUGCCAGGAGAGAGGAGGGCACCUCGCUAGCAUCCACAGCGACCAGGAAAACCUCUUCGUCGGUCGGAAUGGGGAAGGAGCUCCGAGAUGGAUCGGUCUACAGAGAGUGGAUGGCGUUUGGGGAUGGAGUGAUGGCUCGCCGGUCGACUAUCAGAACUGGAACGAGAACUUCAUCUUCAACGACACGUAUGCGAUCAUGUGGAUCGACCAAUGGGUGAACGACGAUUGCAGCGUGGGAAGGCCGUACAUCUGUCGCCUCCACGACCAGGUCGGCGCAUGUCCUCAAGGGUGGGAAAGCCUGUCUUCCGAUUGCUUCCUCCUCGUGGACGCGCCUGCCGCCUUCGGCACGGCGAUGGAAGGUUGCCGCGCCGCGAAUCCCGCCGCGAAUCUCCUCACGUUCGAGAGCCGGGACGACACGAACGACAUCGUCGCGUUCGUCGUGAAUUCCCUGAGCGGACGGCCCGUCACCGAGUACUGGAUCGGGUACCUCCGGAACCCCAGCACGAUGGCGUGGCGGUGGAUCGACGGGAACGCGAACCAGGACGAGCGAUGGUUCCCCGGUUACCCAGAGGAGGAUGCGUCCAAGAAUUGCGCCCAUUUGAUCCUCAGCUCCUGGGACGACUUCCCUCCGGGGUACACCUUCCCCUUCGUCUGCAAGAAGGAGCUGGCUGGGGCGUGAGACGAGGUCGACUAGUCGACUGUCGACUCCGAUUGCAUGCUGUGAAGUCACCAUGUCGGUCUCCUUGGGAUGGAAUAAAGUGUGAAAAAUGGAUCAUCCG